AUGCUGGAAAUCAGUUCUCUCUCUACUCUGUGUGGAAUGGCAGAUUGUCAAUAUUGCCCUGUUGGAUCGUUCUGCAGUGAAGAAAGUGGCGUAUACUUUUGUUACCAAAAGACUCUCGCAUCUAAAUUUAAGCCGUUACCUAUCUUCCUCAUCCUUCUCGUCAUCAUUGUCAUCGCGUCUACCCUUAUUGCUGUCGGAUACUAUGCCUAUCAUCGUUGGAUGAAGAAGUAUCGUCGUCACACCGAUGCAUCGACUGAUGAACAAAUCGGAGACCAAGAAGACAAAAAAAGUGGCGAAAUCGCAUCUCUUAUUUGA